AUGGCGCCAUCUACUACAUCUCUGCGCUCUAUAUUCGCUUACGCAAAUAACUUCGUCUCCCAAUUUCCGCUUAACCUCCCCAACCUUCCAAAUCCGCUCGCGAUCCUUGGCCCGCAAGCUCCUAUCGAUAUCGACAAUUCCGUCACACCCUACGAUCCUCUUACCGGCACGCCAUCUUGCCCCAUCGAUGGACCCGUGAGCUGUCAUAACACGUCUACUACCGAUUCUUGCUGCUUUAUCCAUCCUGGCGGGCGUCUGCUACUUACGCAGUUCUGGGAUCAGAAGGCCCACGUUGGUGGAAGCGAGGAAGACUGGACCUUACACGGACUAUGGCCGGAUCUCUGCGACGGAUCAUACGACCAGUUCUGUGGAAUGGCACCCCAGUUCAACAACAUCAGCACGGUGCUAGAAUACUAUGACCAAGCGGACUUGCUUGCAGAUAUGAAUCGCUACUGGAUUGCAAACUACGGUACGAAUGACCACUUAUGGGCUCACGAAUACAACAAGCACGCUACAUGCAUCAAUACCCUUGCCCCGAACUGUUAUGGCGAAGGCUACACGCCGGGCCUCGAGGUCGUUGAUUACUUCGUACGCGCCUUUAGCUUAUUCAAGAUGCUGGACACUUACCGGGCCUUGGCGGAUAUUGGCAUAGAGCCCAAUUACAAGAAGACUUACUCCCUAGCCAAGAUACAGUCCACGCUCGAGGCCUUCAGCGGCGGCCGGGUCAUCCUCAAGUGCACAGGUAGACACCACAACGUCCUCCACGAGGCGUGGUAUGUGUACUUCGUGAAGGGCAGCUUGCAGAGCGGCGACUUCGUACCGGCGAAGGACAGCUUCAAGGGCGGCGAGGGAAACUGCGCAUCCCAGGUGAGGUACCUGCCUAAGCGCCACAAGUAA